ACUCCUUGUUGAGGCCUUGUGAAGGAGGCACUCUUCUACAUGUACCAUAGAUUGAGUAGUUAACAGUUAGUUAGUUCUCCCUCCUUAAUCUAUGCAUGUACACAGUGUAAGUGGAACCAAAUUGAAGAUGUCGAUGAGGUGCAAUUUUGCUCUUGUCUGCUUCUUGGCAGUUAUGCUAAGUGACCACAGAGCUCUGUGUGACUAUGUGGUUGAAGUAAAUCUCAGGUCCUACAACAACCCAGAGAGCAGAGCUGGUAACGAUGGAGAAUGUUGUGAUCCAGCAGAAAACAGCAAUUUUUCAAAUGAUGGAAUAUGCACUGAAGAUGAGCUCUGUGAUAACUUCUUCAUAUCCUGUUUGCGUCCAUUCAAUACUUCACUUACAGAAACAAGUGGAUGCAUCACUCCACCAAUAGUUACUACAAACAUUCCCGUUAAUGACGAUUCUCUGGAUUUCACCUCAACUGAUUUUGGAGUACCUAUAAAUCCACUAACAUGGACUGUUAACGGCUCUUGGCAGAAUGGUAUCCAACUGUAUGUGGUGGUGGUAGAUAACGAUAAUAAUGGUACCCAGGAUCAGGUUGAUACAUUCACUAUCGAACUUGGUCUCAACAGAGUAAUGUUCACUAACAUAGAAGGAAAUCAAAAACAUGGAAUGAUCAAUCUAACUGCUGAAGUGUACUGUGAACAAUGUCAAUUCAUUGAUGUGUGUGAACGUGAUAGUAUCACGUGCAGUGGAAGUGGCGUGUGUGUUAAGAUGAUGAACAACUAUCCCUGCGUAUGCAAUGGUGAUUUCAUGGGAGACUGUGAGUUGAUAAACUAUUGUUUUGACAACCCUUGCAAUAGAAAUGGAACAUGUAGUAAUGAAGAAUCUUCAUACAUUUGCGACUGUAAUCCUGGCUAUACUGGGACAAUUUGUGAGACAAAUAUUGACGAAUGUGAUGGUCAGAACUGCAGUGGUAAAGGACUGUGUAUGGAUGGAAUCAACUCGUAUGCUUGUGCAUGUUUUGCUGGGUAUACUGGUGUUAAUUGCAGCACAAACGUUGACGAUUGUGAGUUUCAGAAUUGUACCGGAAAUGGUGAAUGUAUGGAUGGAAUCUACUCGUAUACUUGUGUGUGUUUUGCUGGGUAUACUGGUGAUAAUUGCAGCACGAACAUUGAUGACUGUGAGUUUCAAAAUUGUACCGGAAAUGGUGAAUGUAUGGAUAAAAUCAACUCAUAUGCUUGUGUAUGUUUUGCUGGGUAUACUGGUGAUAAUUGCAGCACGAACAUUGACGACUGUGAGUUUCAAAAUUGUACCGGAAAUGGUGAAUGUAUGGAUGAAAUCAACUCGUAUGCUUGUGUAUGUUUUGCUGGGUAUACUGGUGAUAAUUGCAGCACGAACAUUGACGAUUGUGAGUUUCAGAAUUGCAGCAGAAGUGGUGAAUGUAUGGAUGGAAUCAAUUCCUAUAUCUGUGUCUGCAAUACCGGAUUCACAGGUAUGAACUGUGAAACUAACAUUGACGAUUGUGUGAAUCAAGAUUGCAAUGGACUAGGUACGUGUAUCGAUGGCGUAAACUCAUUCUCGUGUAACUGUGACCCUCCGUUCACUGGGUCGCUAUGUGAGAGGAUUGAUUAUUGCUAUGGUGUGAAUUGUAACAGAAACGGUCGCUGUGUUAACAAACAAACUAACUUCACUUGUAAAUGCAAUCCUGGAUUCACUGGAGAACUGUGUAGUAUGGAUAUACAAUCAAAUGGAGUGGGGGAUGGAGUUGUCAUAGAGGCACUACUGGGUGGAGUAACGGCUGCACUACUUCUGCAAGUGUUGGUCAUCAUCUUGUUGCUAGUGGCGAUAGCCUACCUUGUAAAGAAAAAAAAUUCCAUCAAUACUACAUACUUCCCUAAUGGUGAGAUGCGUGGAGACAACCAAGUGUACGCGAUCCCCAACAACUCCUUGGAACAAACUACAUCCACAAACCUAACCAACACGGGUACGAUGAGAUCAGACAUUGCUGAGUUUGAGAACACCCUUUACGACAGUGUACAGUUGGCAGAAGUCAACAAUCCCAAUGAUGAAGAUAUUGAUCUCAAGGAUUUCUCACUCCUAAGUGACCACAGAGCUCUGUGUGACUACGUGGUUGAAGUAAAUCUCAGGUCUUACAACAACCCAGAGAGUAGAGCAGCUGGUAACAAUGGAGAAUGUUGUGAUCCAGCAGCUGAAAACAGUGAUCUUUCGAAUGAUGGAAUAUGUACUGAAAAUGAGCUCUGUGAUAACUUCUUCACAUUCUGUUUGCGUCCAUUCAGUACUCCACCUACAGAAACAAGUGGAUGCAUCACACAGCCGAUGGGUACUACAAACAUUGUCUUGAAUGAUGAUUCUCUUGAGUUCACCUCAACUGGACUUAAUAUAAUAACACUGACAGUUGUUGACCGACUUUGGAAUGGUAUCCAGCUGUAUGUAGGAGUGGUAGAUAGCGAUUCUCAGGAAAAUGAUUCCGAUGAUCUUGUUGAUAUAAUUACAGUCCAACUACGCAGCGACGUUCUCAACAGUGCUGGCUUAACGCUGACUAACGUAUCGGGAGUUCACAAUUACGGAAAGAUGAGUCUAACUGUUAGAGUGCACUGUGCACAAUUUUACCAUGGAGAACAAUGUCAGUUCAUUGAUGUGUGUGAACAUGAUGGCAUCAUGUUCAGUGGAAGUGGCAUGUGUGUUAAGAUGAGGAACAGCUAUACCUGUGUCUGUGAUGGUGGAUUCAUAGGAGAAGAUUGUGAGUUGAUAGACUAUUGCUUUGAACAGUCUUGUAAUGGAAAUGGAAUAUGCACCAACGAAGAAUCAUCAUUCGUUUGCAAUUGCAAUACUGGCUAUACUGGGAUUGAUUGUGAGAUAAACAUAGAUGAUUGUGAAGAUGAGAAUUGCAGUGAUAAUGGCCGCUGUAUUGAUGAAGUCAACUCUUAUCAUUGCGAGUAUGCACCAGGUUUUUCUGGGACAAACUGUGAGACAAAUAUUGACAAAUGUGAUGGUCAGAACUGUAGUGGUGAAGGAUUGUGUAUGGAUGGAAUCAACUCGUAUGCUUGUGUAUGCAAUGCUGGGUAUACUGGUGUUAGUUGCAGCACAAACAUUGAUGAUUGUGAGUUUCAAAAUUGUACCGGAAAUGGUGAAUGUAUGGAUGGAAUCAACUCGUAUGCUUGUGUAUGUCUUGCUGGGUAUACUGGUGUUAAUUGCAGCACAAACGUUGACAAUUGUGAGUUUCAAAAUUGUACUGGAAAUGGUGAAUGUAUGGAUGGAAUCAAUUCGUACGCUUGUGUAUGUUUUGCUGGGUAUACUGGUGUUAAUUGUAGCAGAAACGUCGAUAAUUGUGAGCUUGAGAAUUGCAGUGGAAAUGGUGAAUGUAUGGAUGGGCUCAAUUCAUAUACCUGUGUCUGCAAUACCAGAUUUACAGGUAUGAACUGUGAAACUAACAUUGACGAUUGCGUGAAUCAAGAUUGCAAUGGACUCGGUACGUGUAUCGAUGGCGUAAACUCAUUCUCCUGUAACUGUGACCCUCCGUUCACUGGGUCGCUAUGUGAGAGGAUUGAUUAUUGCUAUGGUGUAAAUUGUAACAGAAACGGUCGCUGUGUUAACGAACAUAAUUAUUAAUUUCACUUGUAAAUGCAAUCCUGGAUUCACUGGAGAGCUGUGUAGUAUGGAUAUGCAAUUAAAUGGCACAUACAUUACA